AUGGACUUUGCUUGCACUAAUUGCGGCAAAUUGGAAUUUUAUCGACGUAUUUGAUUUAGUUUUAUUGAGAAGGGUAAACAGGGCUCAGAAAUCCAUUACUCCCUGCACUACUACAGGGAGCCAAUAAUUAAAGACAUAUGUUUAUGCAUACAUAAGCUCGAAAAUUUACAAUCAAUUUAUCGUUCCUUAAAUGUUUUUUUAAUCUGCAGAAACAUACAUAUUUUGAAAUCUAUUGAUCACUUACUAAAGAUAAGUAACUAAAAACUAAAAUCAGUUUCUAAACCAGAACAUAAGAUAGAACUUCAAUCAUUUUAGUCUAUCCGGCUUUUGGAAUUCUAGGGAAAUUUCAGCUAGUACUCAUACCACGGUGUCCUUUUAGCCACCUCAGCAAUUGAGAUGGCGAAAAGUUGCUGGUGAAGCCGUUGUUUUUGUAAUUGCGGGUGUGUGUUUCAAUGCCGGACCGUUCCACCGUGCCCAGCAACCACCACCGGAACAGCGGGAGUGGAAUGGGUGGCGGGUGGAAGAGCGCGAAAGCUCUGCCCAAAUCUCGCCGUGCGGUAUGCAACGCUUUUCGCCUGCGUCCGUACGUACCGCUUCCGCUUUUUGCUGGCCAAAAAGCAAAGGCAAAUCGACAGUCGGUAUCUGUCUGCUCUGCUCGCAUCCUGCGCCGCGUCCUGCGUCCUUCCAAAAAUAACAAAUAAUUACUCAAAAUAAUAAUACGUUUCGGGGGUGUGGGGCGGCGGAGCUUUUGCGUCGACGUCGAGUCUAAAAAGUGGCAGAGAAGUGAAUCGGUCUCGGUUUCGCAAUACAUACACAAACAAUAGGCGCUGGGAAGUAGACGACGGCGAAUCCUUGGCGGCUCAGCAUUUCCACCGAAUUCGCGUCGAGGAAAAGCGGAAAAUCGGAAAAGCGGAGACCAUUUUCGUAUUGAUUUUCAAGUGUGAUCGGCGCCGUUAACAUGGACAAGAUGACGGUGGCCCAGAAGAACGCAUAUCUCGAGGCGCACAUGGCGGUGCAGCAGCAGAUGGCCCAGGCGGCCAUCCAGUUCAAGCAGCAGCAGACGUCGCAGCAGCAGAACUCUCCCACGACCAACAACAACAACAAUAGCCAGAACAACGGCAACAUGCAGCAGCAGCAGCAGCAGCAGCAACAGCAGCAACAGCAGCAGCAGCAGCAACAGCAGCAGCAGCACUACGCGGCGACCAUCAAGGUGCCGCAGAUCAGUUCCUCCAGCGUGGCGGCAGCGGCGGCGGGCGAGAGCACCUUCACAGUUCCGGACGACGGGAUGGGCUUCGAGGGGGGAGUGCGGGUGCUCCAGAGCCUGGGCACCUGGUCGGCGGCCGAGCAGCUGACCUACAACAUCCCCAAGCCGAACCUGAUCCCCUUCACAGAGCCCUACGUCGAGGGGGGUUCGAUGCACCCCGCCAGUCGACUCAAGGCCCUGCAACAGGUGCAGCAAGCCUCCUCGGGGGUGCGCAAGACGAAUCCCUCAAAGUCCACCAACAAGGCGUUCGAGUGCACUGUUUGUGGCAAAGGACUCGCCCGCAAGGACAAGCUGACCAUCCACAUGCGCAUCCACACCGGCGAGAAGCCCUAUAUUUGUGAAGUGUGCAACAAGGCGUUCGCAAGGCGGGACAAGCUGGUGAUCCACAUGAACAAGUUCAAGCACGUGACCCCCACGAACAUUGCGCCCCUCGGGAAGCGGCUGAACAACAUGGUAAAGAAGAAGGAGCAGCCCGACCCGCCGCCGGAGGAUAACAAGCAGAGCCUGGAGCUGCAGCUGCAACAGCAGGCGGUCCAGGUGGCCGCCCAAAACAUAAUCGUGCAAUCCGCUCAAGGAGCGCCGGCGGCGAUCCCCGGAAUCAUCAUUCCGCACCACCAGCAGCAGCUCUCCUGGACCUGCGAGCUCUGCGGCAGGAUGUUCUCGAGUCGGGACGAGUGGUCCAUUCACGCCAAGAGUCAUCUGGAGCCGGAACGGCUAGUCGCAGAAACCACAAAACCAGCAGCAGCGGCGGCGGCAGGAGUCAUUGCUAAGACCAGCAGCAGCAACAGCAACAACAAUCGCAACUACCAAAUGGAUUCCAAUCAAAACCAAAUACAAAUGGAGGCCCACGCACGCAAGCAGAAGAUAAUCAUUCAAAACCAGAUGAUACUCAAUGCCAGCCACCAGCAGCAGCCACAUCCCCAACAGCAGCAGCACCAGCAGCAGCAGCAGCAACAUGUGGCCCACGGAAAGAAGGCAGCCAGAAAACACCAGCAACAUCUGCAGCAGCAGCAGCAGCAACAGCAACAGCAGCAACAACAGCAGCAACAGCAACAGCAGCAACAGACCAGUGCGCCUAUGUACAAUAACAAUAGUAGUAGCAACAACCACAACGGCAACAACCAAAGCCAAGAAGUGUCGGUGCCGGUGUCGCACAUCAUUGCCAACUCGCCGACGGCCGCCACCUACAUGCAGGCGCAGUUGAGCGAGCACGCCAGCAACAUGCAACACGGCAUGCCGAUCGUCACGUACAACGGCAACCAGUACUGCGUGAUCACCAGGGCCCCGGAUCUGGAUGUGGAGGCGAUGCAGAAGCCUCUGGAGUACGGCCACUCCGCCGGCGGAGCCACCAACAUAAUAGUAAUGUCGCCGAUGCAGUUGCUGCCCCAGCAGCCGCAGCAGCAGCAGCCGCAACAGCAGCAACAGCCGCCGCAGCAGCAGCAGCAGUAAGCCAGGCCGAGGAGAAAGGCCCACUGCCUGCCAGCUAUAAAUACAAAUUGUAAAUAGAGUCUUAAGCAGCCAAGAGCGAACCUAAGUAUAUGUUUAAAACACUACCCCGCAAAAGAAAAGCAAGUUUGUAAAUGUCAGAUAAUGCAGCUUAGAUCCCCGUGUCAGCAGUCAGCAGUCAGCAGUCAGCUCGAAAUCAAACGUAGGAUAAGCGACCUAACAUAUCCCCCCGCAGAGCAUAGAGUACCCAUCAUAACCGUAAGGCAGCCACCACACUGAGAUAUAUAUAUACCAUUUCGAUGCAGUUCUCAAGCCCUCCACCAGUAGCAUCCCCAUAGACCCGUUCUCCGACCGAGCGUGUAUGAUAUUGUAUGUGUUUCUAUGGCGUUGUUUGUACAUUAAGCUAAUUACGUACUCCCCUUACGUCUUCGACUAAGCGCAACUUGGGUGGCGAACCAAAGAAAAGCAAAUGAAAAUGAAAAUGAAAACGAAACGAAAGAAAAACAAAAGUAGCAGUAGUAGUGCCCAUCAGCAAAGCUCCUCACAUCUCCCCACUCGAUUCCAAUGGCAAACCAUGUAAAGAUCAAGCGAAAAUAAAUUUAAUUUAAUUAAAUAAAA